AUGGUUGUUUAUAAACCAAGGAACGCGUUAAAAGGGAUCGAAGCUUGCGUUUUUAUUUUUUUCCAUUUCCAGGUAGAUUUACUUUCGGUUACAACAGUUGAAGGCAUUGUCAUAUUUAACUGGGUCGAAACUGAAAACUACAGUUUUGAAAAUGUAUAUAGCGUUGAGACACAUAUACGCGGUUGUCAGUCAUUCAUUGUUGAGCACGGGAUCAGUAAGGACUCAUUCGUUCAGCUAAGCAAAGAGCCGUUCACUAUUGAUAAGUCACGUGAAGUCGAGGAACCCCGUACCAUUAUAUUCUACGAAUCGUUUCCGGCACGAUAUUUGCGUUUAUAUCCCCUUGGACAUGACAACAGAAAGCCCGUCUGUCUCAAACUAGAACUCCUAGGUUGUAGGAAGCGAGGGACGCUUUCGCUCAGUUGUCAUCAGAAUCAACACCGGGACAUAUUUGAAACUGAUCAGAUAUUCAUACCAUCGUCAAACAAAAUUGAAACAAGAUUCAAUAUGUCAUACAGUGAUUGUCAAGACUUCUGUCUGUACAACAGAACUGAAUGUGUUGGUAUUGAUCUGUCAAACAGUACUUGUAAAUUGUUCAUGUCUGACGAGAGGCAAAGUUAUAAAAGAUUGCAGUCAAAUUCCGGAGCAGCAACGGCGCCAUGCUGGCAAGGUCUGUUAUUUUUGUAUAGAAUAUAUACAAGUGGAGUACUUCUGGAAACUAUAUAUUUUAAUAUAUUUGAAGACAGCCUGUUAAAUACACAAGAUAAGCGUAUCGUAGUUAACAACUUCAGUGUUUUAACAAGUGUUGGAUAUCCAUUUCGCUACGACGAUAAUCAAGUUGAUAGGUGGAAUAUAUCUUCAGCGACAGGCAAACUUAUAACGCUACAAUUCACAGACAUCUCUCUGAAAACAUAUGAUCGGGUCGAGGAUUCGCGCCUGUUUCAAAACAAAGGUUUAUGUAAAGAUGAGAUUAUCGUCACGACAAAAGAAACAUAUAGAAUAGCAAACCAUUCGGAAGGAAUUAUCUAUAGCUUUGACAAUAAGUAUAAUGGAAAAUAUCCGAAUGCCCCUGUUCCAUAUUCAAAUAUUUUUCUGGAGUUCCGGACUUGCACACAGAGACAAACUGAUGCCCAGCUGUAUAGAGGAUUUACUGUAUAUAUUUUUGAGGAAGACUCGCGACAUAUAUGCUUGCCUGAUAUUUUUUGUGAGACGUCGCCGAUGGAACUCUCAUCUGGAAGUUUUCUUGGACAUUUGCUGCUUGAUGUAGACAUGGUUAUUGAAUGGUAUAUCGACCACGCUUAUAAACAUAGUGUCCGUUUCGAGCUUCUGGACUUCGACAUUAGUUGUAGUUCUGGAACUCAGUUUAUUAUCACCGCAGCGUCUACAUAUACCGGCACAUGGCAGAAAACAUUCUGUAAUGGAAACAGAACAUACGGCGCAUUUCAAGUUGAUGGGGAUUUUUUCUUCGUACAAUUUUACACCGCUCUUGAAACGUGCGGACAACUUCUAUUUCAAGAAGGAUUUCGUUUAUCCUUUAGGACACCCGAAAGCAAAGAUAAACUGAUGAACCUGACUACAUUCCAAACAGAAAUUAUAGACAACCUUCCAAUAAUGGUUACCAUCACCUCCUUCCCUAUACAGAAAGCUGAUGCUUCGACCGACAAGUUCAACGAAGGCAGAGUUCGAAUAGUGUGUUCGGACACAUUUAAGAAAUGUUACACGAUUUAUAUUGGAAUGCCUCCAAUGUCGUGGAUGGACUCAAUGAACAUGUGUAGGCAGAGGAACAAAACACUCGUUAGAUUUAGAUCCAAGCUAGAAAUGGAAUAUGUGCGGCAAGCUGUGUCAGCUUGGAUGAUAGAUAUAGACAUCCCAGUUCUGCGUUACUUCUACUACAGUAUUCGGCUUAUCAUUGGCUUGACCCGUUUCGCAAUAAACAACCAAAGAUAUCGAGACUACUGGUCAGAUGGAAGCCUUGCGGAAUUCACAGCUUGGGAUAUGAAUGAGCCAAAAGAUGUUUAUUUCCGACGUUGUACCAGUAUGUCCUUAUCUGAUAAUCGAGGCUGGAAAACAGAAAAUUGUGACGAAAUGUCUUUGGUGAAUAUUGUGUGCGAGACAGCAACAACUCAAGAUUACAAGGGAACAGGCUCAACUGUGCUUAAAAUUCCAAAUUUCCAUAGCACUUUAGCGUGCAAAUGA